AUGUUCUUUGGUGGGGAAGGAAAGGGGAAAGGAGGUGUAGUUGUGUCGCGGACGGCGUUCUCUUUGUUGGAAGUGGUAAAGGGAGGAAAAAACAAACCAACUUGCCAGAUGGGAGUGGCUUUCAGGAAAACCUGUACAGUUGAAACUGGGGAAGGGAAAGUUACAGAAGGGUAA